UCUAAUCUCGCGAAAGGACUAACACAACUCACGCAAGACCGCGAACCAGGCUGCAAGGGGCACGUUUAGGAUGUUGCAACUCGCCGUUCGGCAAGCCCUAAAAUCUAAAAACCGGGCCACGUCGGGCUUCAGGACAGCAUGGAGCCUUACGGAAGCCCUGGGGCUAAGCAAGGGCAAGGAGCCUGUCGACGUCUAUGCCAUAGACCCAAAGCUCGUGCUCAAUCCUGAAAAGCUCAAGGCUGCCGACCUGGACAAGGUGGCGGCGCGCUUCACGGUGUGUCGUGAGCUGCUGCCCAAGCUGAGCAGGGGCGAGCCGGAGCUGGCGGAGAUGGAUGAGCUGGAUACCACGCUGCGUUUUCCUGUCCCCCUUACGCGUACGCCCCUGCUCACGCCACCUGCUGCUCCCCGGUCCCACCGCGCUGCAACACACGCCUCGGGCCAAUCGCUCAACCACACGCUGCCCGCCACGCCGCGUCUCGCCGCCGCCACUGCACUGCACCGCUGCACUGCCGCACCUGCAGCCCGGCAACGCCUGGUACUUCGGGGAGCGGGCCGAGAUCUUUGACUACAAACUGGUGGGCGAGUUCUCCACCA